CGAAAAUAUUAAAUCGAAUAUCUACCUCCUCUAUGUUUGCAGGAAGUCAGUAUACAAUUAUUGUUAAAGCAUAGAUCAUUUCUAAGAUAUUACUGAUAAAAGAAAUAAAGAAAACUCUCAGAAAAUUUUGAUUAGUUCCCAGAUGAAAGCAAGUUUCAUUAAAUAUCAUUAACGUCAAACUGAAUUGUGAUUUCUGUCAAUAAGUGCCAAUGAUAGAAAAUUAAAUAAAUUAACAAAACUAUAAAAAUGCCCAUAGUAAUAAAAGAUUAUAAAUGGAAACAAUCUGACAGUGAUAUUAUUAUCACAGUUCCUAUACCUUUGAAGAAUGUUCACGAAUCUAAAGUCGAUGUGUUCAUUUCGUCAAGAUUUGUGAAAGUUUCGUAUGAACAGUACUAUUUUGAAGCGGUGUUAGAAAGGCCCAUUAACAAACAAACCAGUCGAUGUACAUUAACGAAUGCCGAUAUUGUUUUCGAGUUGGAGAAGGCCGAAAUUGGGGAGUGGAAAUGUUUGGAACCAAACGUCAGCAAGAAAGAAAAACUGGAAAUGAAAAAACAAUUAUUGGAGGAAUCAUUUAAAGAAAUCCAAGAACAUCACAAGACAAGAAGCGAUAGAAAACACGAACUUAAGAGGGUGGCGGUUAGGAAACAAAUUGAUUUGGAUUCUGCACACAGGCAACGCAUAGACGACGUUAGAAAAAUGGAGGAAAAGAAAGCUUUGGGUGAUCUCGAAGAAUUUAGAAAAAAAGUAGCAAACAAACUUAGAAAUUCAGGGCAAAAAGCAAUCCAACCCGUGCCUAAAACAACAACGUGCGAAGAACCAAAAAAGCCAAUUCCGGAAAUACCCAAAACCAGGGCGACAGCCAGUCUGGAAAUCGAUUUCACUCCAAGACAGUUUCCGACGCCGUGCAGAGAAUCAAAACUAGAGGAAGAACACGAGUAUCUAACGAAACAAGCUGAAGCUAGACGAUCGGUCGGAUUCGUAAGCGAAGACAUCAGACCCGAAGAGAGAAAUCCUCAUUUCAUCAAAGCCAAAGGGGACGAAUUUCUGAAAAACAAGAACUAUCUAGCGGCCAUUAGUGCUUAUUCUUUCGGAAUAACCUUAAGCAAAAAUUUCGUUGACCUGUACAUAUCACGCUCAGAAGCGCACAUGGCUCAGGGAAACUACUGGAGAGCCGCGCAAGAUUGCAGUACCGCCUUGGAACUCCUGAGCCCCAUUUGCGAGGCUAACCUGUACGAAAGAGCCUUGUGCACGGGCAGAAGGGGCGAAGCAUUAUGUGAACUCAAUAUGAAAAAGCAAGGAAUUCCUGAAUUAGAAUUCAGCUUAAAAUUAAUAGAUCAAGAGCAUUAUAGGGAGGUGCUACAAAAAGAGAAGGUAUUGUACGAGAAUCAGUUGCGUAAAGACGAGGAAAAUAGGGAAAAACGGUUAAAGGAGGAGCUAGAGAAAAAAGCGGAAAAAGAAAGAAAAAAGAAAGAAAAAGAGUUGGAACAGAAACAUAAAGAGGAACAUGAAAAACAAAAUAAGGAAAAGGAUGAAAAAUUAAAACAAAACCCUAAAGAAGAAACGAAACAAAAAGAGAUAGAAUAUAAACAAGUAGAGUCGAAUAUUAAACAAGAAGCGACAGAACAAAAUAAAGACGAGACGAAACAGAAAAAUAUAGAACAUGAACUGAUAGAGCUAAAGGUAGAAGAAUUGUAGCAAACUAAAUUAAGAGAAGAAUAGUUCAGGAGAAAAAUAGCUUCUAAACCAAUAGUAACGACUAGAAAAUUAGGAAUGUUAGAUCGACUAUUUUUAUCUUUGUGUUUGUUAUAAAAUAAAUAUUUAA